UGCUGUCGAUGGCGCUGACCAUCCUGCGGGACUGGUGUGGCCUGAUGGCCGUGAACGCACAGCGUUCUCUGCUCAUCCUGGGCAUCCCAGAGGACUGUGAGGAGGAGGAAUUCCAGGAGGCGGUGGGGGCUGCACUGAGCCCCCUGGGCAGGUACCGAGUGCUGGGCAAGAUCUUCAGAAGGGAGCUCCGGUCUAGAGUGGCCUUGGUUGAGUUCACUGAGUAUUUAAACAGAAGUUUGAUCCCCCGACAAAUUCCAGGCAGGGGGGGACCCUGGACUGUGGUCUUCCUGCCCCAGGUUCCUGACGCUGACUCACAGGAUAGACCAGAUUUCCCUGCACAGCCCCCGAGGCCAGCAGUGGCUGGCAGGGCAGAUGGGGCAAGAGCUGCAGUUGAGGAAGGAGAUGCAGGCGAGGAAGGAGCUGCAGGUGAGGGAGAAGCUGCAGGCGAGGAAGGAGCUGCAGGUGAUAAAGAAAUUGCAGGCGAGGAAGGAGCUGCAGGUGAUAAAGAAAUUGCAGGCGAGGAAGGAGCUGCAGGUGAUAAAGAAAUUGCAGGCGAGGAAGGAGCUGCAGGUGAGGAUGUGGCUGCACAUGAGAAUGUAGCUGUAGGUGAGGAUGUGGCUGCACGUGAGGAUGUAGCUUCAGGUGAGGAUAUGGCUGUAUAUGAGGAUGCAGCUGUAGGUGAGGAUAUACUUGCAGGUGACGACAUGGAUGUACAUGAGGAUAUACCUGCAGGUGAGGAUGUAGCUGUAGAUGAGGGUAUACCUGCAGGUGAGCAUGUAGUUUCAUGUGCGGAAAUGGCUGCACGAGAGGAUGUAGCUGCUGGGGAGGUUAGAUAUGCAGGUCAUGAUAUAGCUGUAGGUGAGGAUAUAGCUAUCGGUGAGCUAGGAGAUGACGAUGAAGAGGAAGAAUCAGAUGAAGAAGGAGCUUCAGGUGACACAGGAAUUGCAGGCAUGGCAGGAUCUGUGAGUAUGGCAGGAGCCGCAGGCGAGGCAGGGUCUUCAGAUGAGGAAGCUGUAGGCAUGGCAGGAGCCCCAGGACAGGCAGGAGCCUGGAAUGAGCAAUGGAGGCAGGCCCUGCAGCCUCUGCUGGAAAAUAUGGCCUACCAGGAACUGAGAUCCUUUUCGGGCAUGGAAGAGCCAGGCCACGAGCAGGAGUCCUUCGAGAAUUGGCUGGACCACGCCAACGACAUGCUGUACCUGUGGCGCCACAUAUCGGAAAGGGAGCGGCGGCGGCGGCUGGUAGAGAGCCUGCAAGGGCCCGCGCUGGAUCUCGUGAGUAGACUCAUAGAUGAAAAUCCCGACAUUGCCGUGCAAGACUGCCUGGCGACCCUGAUUCAGGUGUUCGGGAACAAGGACACUCGAACAACCGCGAGACUGAGAUUCAUGACUUGUGCCCAGCGGCCCCAGGAAACUCUCUUUGCCUACGUGAUGCGCCUGGAAGGCCUGCUGCAGGCGGCCCUGGAGAAGGGGGCCAUCCAACCCUCCACUGCAGACCAGGUGCGUGCCAGGCAGGUGCUGAUGCGGGCCCGUCCCAACGAGACACUCUGGAACAAGCUGAGAAGAAUGCGCCUGGAAAGGAGACCACCUGGCUUCCUGGGGAUGCUCCGGCUCAUUCGGGAGUCAGAGGCAUGGGAGGCCACUCCAACUACUAGCCGGCAGCAGUUUCCAAUGGAAGAAGGGUCCUGGAUAGACAUUGGAGAUUUGUCUGCUUCCGAGGCCGCUCUAUCCUGUGAAGAUGCUCAGGCCGCUCGAGCCUGUGAAGAAGCCCAUGCUGCUCUAGCCCGGGGAGGUGCCCAUGUCUGUCCAGUCUGUGGACGUGCCCCGGGCGCUGUAGCCUAUGGAGGUGACCAGUACUUUCUAGCCUAUGAAGAGGCCGAGGCCGCUCUUGCCCGUGAACGUGCCCAGAUCGUUCUAGCCUGCGAACGUGCCCAGGCCGCUCGAGCCCGUGAAGAUGCCCAGGCCUCUCUAGCCCGUGAAGGUGCCCAGGCGCCUCUAGCCGGUGAAUAUGUCCAUACCUGUGUAGCCUGUGAACUUGCCCACGCCGCUGUAAUCCGUGAACGUGCCCAGGCCUCUCUAGCCUGUGAAGACGACCAGGACUCUGUAGCUUUUGAAGAUGUUAGCCAGGCCUCUGCAGAUGCCUCCCUGGCUGACAUUCUCGAGGAAGAUGCAGUGGCCAUUGAGACGGAUCCUGCCACUGCCGAUCCUGAUGAGGCUGCUCCUGAAACCGGUGAUGACACCGGGGCAGACCCUGCCCCCGAGGCCUCCCUUGCCGUUCAGGGAGAUGAGAAUGUUCUGGCUCCUGCAGGUCUAGGUCAGGCAGGGCCCUCCCUUGCCCACAUGGGCAUUGCUUUGGGGGUGGGCUCAGGCGGUCCUGGCUUUGACCCAGAGGGCCUGCUCCAGGAAGAAGAUGAGGAGGCUGAGAAGCCUCGCCAGGAGGGGCUCAUGCCCAUCCCAGAGGAGUCAGGAAGUGAGGACGGGUCUGGGGAGAUGAGUUCCCCCGAGCCCUCCUUCGAGUAAGCGUGGAGGGCCCGGUGGCCUCCUGUUCUCUGGGGCAGCAGAGCCCUGGAGGCAGGGGAAGGCCACCUCACCCCUCAUGGGGAGCAAGGCCCAGGGAAGGGUCUGCCUUGCCCCCUGGCCUCCCCACUACUCCCAAGGGGCCCUGACCACCACCACCAGCCCUUCCAAGUCACCAAGAUGACCAUUUGUGAUACCAAAGAGACGGGGAGAGGUGCCCCCGCAUAGUAUUACCACAUCCAGCCCC